AUCUAGAAGUAGAAAUAGUUGAAGUCAGGCGAAAAUACAAUAAACAAUACUGCUGUACAGUACAAUUUGUGAGAUGGAGUCUGUUGCGCUAAUGACGUGUGGAACCUGCUUCUUUAUUUCCAUGCACUUUUGUAGCAGAAAGCUUUUACAGAUAUAUUUUCCCAAGCAGCUAACUGAAGCAAAUAUCUACGUCAUUGCAUGCCGGUUUGUGAGCGGAGCUCAAGCAGUGCUGGCCUCGUGUGUUGGUGCAAUCAUUGCCGCCUCAUGCAACGACAUCAUGAAAGACAUGCACUGGCUGACAAAUGCCUACGUGUGGUUCGGAGCCCCGUACUUUGUGUACGACAUGUGGGCGAUGUACGCGUAUUACACACGCAGUCAUGAGCAGCUGUUUGCGGGGAAGUCGGUCCAAGACAAGGUCGUCACCUUUGUGAGACACAACAAAACCAUGGUGUGCCAUCACAUUCUGCUGCCGAGCAUAUUGCUCCCUCUUAUCCUGGUGCUGAGGGAAAAUCGCGGAGAUUUUUUCUUUGGAGUAUUUUACAUGAUAGAACUUGUCGUGCCAUUUAUCUCUGCCAGGGAAAUCCUUAUACAAAUGGGUCUGAAGUCGUCGCGGUCGUACUUCGUCACAAGCCUCCUCAUGGUCGUCUUCUUUUUCUUCUGCCGCCUGGCCGUGUUCCCGUACCUGUACUUCCGCUACUCUCUGUACGCCGACAUUCCUUUUCUCCGAGUCCCUUACCACAUUCCCAUCAAAUGUAACGUGUCGUGUUUCUUGAUACUGGCGCCUCAAGUCUACUGGUUCGCCUUGAUGCUCAGAGGGUUGUAUCGGGUUUUUGCGAAGUUAUCGAAAAAAGAGUCGCAGACUGCUGUAACUGACAAUCAUUUCGACAAGAGCCAUCAUUCCUAGCUCGUUUUGACGGGGUAAAUGUAAAACACAGUCGGAAUUGUUCGAGUCAGCCACCCAUAUAUUUGAGGAGAAAAGAGGUUGUCUUAGACAGGUGGAUGUCUAGAACUGUGUCAUAAUAUUUUUUUAAAAAGCAAGAGGAAUUAUGUAAGAAGAGGUUGUUUUGCACAGGUGAUUGUCUUGGACAGGUUGAUCGUUAGAGCAGCUUCGACUGUAUGAAUUACUUUUUGGCGACCUCAGUGCUUUCUUGUCCUAUCUCCAUUUUUUAAGAACAGUGAAAACAGUUCAUAACAAAGAAUGAGCUUAACAAGAAGUCACAUUUUCAAUGUUAAAAAAGAUGGAGAUGCGACAAGAAAGCACUGAUAUUGCGAUUUGCCCUCCUUAAAACCUCCGUUCUGCUGUGUUGUUCUGUGAUAUUUUGUUUUAUAAGAUUAUUAUACAUUUUUACUAACAAAACAUUAAUGGAGUACUGGUAAUACAAGAAAAUACCUGGCAGCAUAAAUUAUAUUAUGACGUAUUCUAAUUCUAAGAGAACAUUGAAAUGGUAAUGGUUUCAUAUAAUAAUAAUUGCAUUUACACAACGUGCAUCCACUCUCUACAACAUAUAUGCUCUAUGUAAUUUACUAAUUUAUUAGCCCAGCAGCCCGUAGAUCACUCCGAAACAUUCUUGGUACAGUGCAAGCAGCUGAAUAAACGCUCAAAUGGUCGCUUUUAAGGACA